AUGAAUUCAACCACAGAGUCAAACAGCACCAUGGAUACGGCACCAAUCUCAGCGACAACUGGUUACGACCUCGUCUGCAUUGGCUUCGGUGCAGCACAACUAGCAACAGCCAUUGCGAAUCAUGAAUCCCGGAAACCAUUGAAAGUACUGUUCAUCGAGAAGAAGCCAUCGUUUUCUUGGGGCUCAAAUUCGAAUUUGUCGCGGACACGAAUGGAAACGCCGUUCAUGUACGACCUGGCAACGCUUCGAAACCCGAGGACCGCCUUCAGUUACGUCAACUACUUGCUGAACCGCAGGCGUCUGAUCGAGUUUGCAAACUCAGAUCGCCUCAAUCCUUUGAGAGAGGAAUUUGUCGACUACAUGAAGUGGUGUGCUGAGCACUUCAAGGACGAGGUGCGCUACAGUAGCGAAGUCGUUGGAGUAGCCCCAGAAGCCGAAAGAGACGUCGUGCAGGGUUGGAAGGUCGCCAUCAAAGAUAACACUGGAAAGACGUGGGUGGUGCGAGCAAGAAGCGUCGUUGCGCCAUCUCCAGCAAGAACGAGUGGGCCUGGCGCACCACCAUUGCCAGCUACAGAUUUCCUAGCUGGUCAGCGCAUCAUUCCCAUGGACGACUAUCCUGCACGAAGGAACGAGCUACGAGGUCCCCACGAGCCACGGCUGAACGUAUCGGUCGUCGGCUCGGGCGAGAAGACGGUGGAAGUUUUGGACGAUCUGCUAUCCUGCCCUCGCCUGGGCAACGUCACAGUGGUGACGGAAAAUGCUUCGCUUGCACCAUUGACGGUGCUAGACAAUGCAAAGCCACCACAAUCUCAGCUGUGCUCCCUCUGGGGGAAGCCGACAAGUUGCCAAAUCGCACCUGUUACGAACGCACCAGAGCUCGUCCAGACCAUCUACAUGCGUGCGUAUGAGAAGCAGGUGCAGUCCAAGGGCGAGUUCAGACUGCGAGUCAUUAUCGGAAAAGACGCGUCUGCCGCGUGCUCGGGUUCCGACUUCAUCAUCCGGGAUACAGCGUCAAGUCCCCUGUCCAACAAUGUAUUGUUCCAGAGCAUAGACACGCUGAUCCUGGGCUGUCGGCCGAAGGGAGAGAGUCUGGAAGAGGUGCAAUUCAAGCGCGGCGCAACUGCAGAAAGCUGUCAGCUGUGGCUGGUGUCAUCCAGGUCAGAGGGUGGGCGGACGCUGGCCAAGGAUAUUGCAUUAAUGGCGGGAGAAAUUGUGCGCAAGGCGUCCACAGUGACAGAGUCGCAGGAGGCAGGCAAUGGAACAGCGUCGGCCCAGAUGCAGGCAAGGAUGUAGGAUAGAGAGGCGACGAGGGGCGACGAGGGGCGACGUUGGCUGGCGUCGGUCCAAAAACGGUGUAGCGCUAGCGAAAUUUUUAUCUGAUCAAAGUAAUCUACCCACAUCCGGUGCACGGAC